AGUAUCAGUUUAAAAUUAAGAAAUUGAUAAAGACUGUUUCACAGACUGUUUCACUCUUCUUCUUCUUCUUCAUUUUGAGGAAAACAAUGGAAACUCUUCCUCCUCUACAAAAGUGCAGAGUGCACAAAAUUUCAGCCAUAGUAACCAGAAGUCACACUUUUAUUCACUCAAUAGCAAUACUCUUGAUGCUCUACUACAGACUAAUAAUCAAUCUCACGGAAAUUCCUAUCUCAUUUUUACCUUAUUGGUUUCUUAUUUUCGCUUCCGAGCUAAUUCUCUCCUUCCUAUGGAUCCUCAACUCAGCUCAUAUAUUCUCUCCAGUUUCCCGCUCCGUCUACCCGGAAAACUUGCCGCCGGACGAUGAACUCCCCCCGAUCGACGUAUUCGUUUGUACGGCGGAUCCAAUAAAGGAACCGGCGUUGGGAGUUAUGAACACUGUUUUAUCGACGAUGGCGAUUGAUUAUCCGCCGGAGAAAGUGUCAGUGUAUCUUUCCGAUGACGGCGGUUCGGUUUCGACGCUGUGCGCAAUUCGUGAAGCGUGGAGAUUUGGGGAAGUAUGGAUCCCGUUUUGCAGGAAAUUUGGAGUGAAGAGAAUUUACCCUGAGGCUUUUUUUCAAGCAGUUGAUUAUGAUGAGAUUAAUGGCGGCAAAGAUUAUUUGCUAGAAAGAGAAAAUAUUCAGAAAGAGUACGAAGAGUUCAAGGAGCGGUUGAAGAAAGCUCAAGAAAAUAGAGGGACAAAGGAUACAGUAGUCCACUUUGGCCCGAACCGUGAUACUGUUAUUGAGAUAAUAGGCCAGAGAGGUUGUGGAGCCAAAAAUAAUGGCAAAGCUAAAUUACCAUCUCUUGUUUAUGUUUCAAGGGAGAAAAAAUCUUCUCAUCCCCACCAUUUCAAAGCUGGUGCCCUCAAUGUUCUACUUAGAGUGUCUGGAAUCUUAAGCAACUCACCAUACAUAUUAAUGUUGGAUUGUGAUAUGCACUCCAAUGAUCCAUCUUCAGCUAGACAAGCAAUGUGCUUUCACCUUGAUCCCAAAAUCUCUCCCUCACUUGCAUUUGUUCAGUUCCCUCAAAGAUUUCAUAACAUUAGCAAGAAUGAUAUUUAUGAUUCUGCCCUGAGAUCUUGUUUUGUGGUCAAGUGGCCAGGGAUGGAUGGGCUUAUAGGACCUAUGCUAUCUGGUACAUGCUUCUAUAUGAAGAGGAAAGCCCUAUAUGGGACUGCUAUACACAAAGACAUGGAUCUUAGUAAGUUGAAGAAGUGUUUUGGUUCCUCAAAUGAGUUCCUAAAUACCGUUAUUACAAGCCUUAAUGAUAAGCUCAAUGACACUGGCAUCAAGGAAUUUGCUGACAAUAAUAUCCAAGAAGCAAGAUUUUUAGCCUCUUGCACCUAUGAGGAGGAGUCACAAUGGGGAGAAGAGAUAGGAUUCAUGUACCAUUCAGUGGUGGAAGACUACUUCACAGGUUUCAUUUUGCAUUGCAAAGGCUGGAAAUCUGUGUUCUAUAACCCUUCAAGGCCAGCAUUUUUAGGCAGUACUACAACAAAUUUGAACGACACAUUAGUUCAAGGCACAAGAUGGAAUUCUGGACUAAUUGAAGUUCUUUUCUCAAGAUUUUGUCCCCUAAUUUAUGGCUUGAAAUCAAGAAUGCCUCUUCUUGAAUGCAUGUGUUAUGCUUACCUUGCUUCUCAGCCUCUCUAUUGCUUCCCGGCUUGGUUUUUAGCUAUCAUUCCUCAGCUUUGUCUCCUAAAUGGCAUUCCUAUUUACCCUAAGGUCUCAAGUCCAUGGUUCAUUGUAUAUUCUUUUCUUUUCUUGUCAACACUUUCCAAAUACUUAUGGGAUGUUGUCAACACUGAAGGGACAAUGAGAACAUGGUGGAAUGAAUGGAGGGUAUGGAUGAUAAAGUCAAUAACAGCUUAUUUCUAUGGAACUUUGGAUGCAAUCUUGAAGUUAUAUGGCUUUAGAAAAGCAAGUUUUUUGCCCACAAAUAAAGUUGUUGAUGAUGAACAAUUGAAGAGAUACCAAAUGGGAAUUUAUGAUUUUCAAGCAUCUAAAAUGCUAAUUGUCCCUUUGGUUACAUUAGUCAUAUUGAAUAUGAUUUCCUUCACUUUGGGAGUUAUUGGAAAAGUGAUUUUUGAAGGGAGAUUGAGUGAUUUGUUUGGUCAAGUGUUCCUCUCAUUUUUCAUCCUGAUGGUGAAUUAUCCUAUAAUUGAAGGGAUGAUAUUGAGGAAAGACAAAGGAAGCAUUCCACUCUUUGUGACUCUAUUGUCUAUUUUGCUUUCUCUUUGUCUUGCGUUCUUUGGUUCUAUUUUUGUAAGUUCUCUUAUGUGCAGGCACUCUUUAGAAAAAGCAAGUUUGAUGAAUUUGGAGCUAAAAACCACUAAAGCACACCGACAAAAGAAUUGGCGCCUCGCAAAAGCCGGCAGGCGUCUCGCCGGUUGGAGGGGAGAAAAGUUGUCUCAGUAUCGAUGCUACAAUCAGGGCCGCGCAGAAGCUCCUGGACACACCGAAGGUCGAAGCGACUGACGAUCCACAAUGAUGGAUCGCUGUUCCGCCGGUCUAGUGCAAGUCUUGACGCGGAAGCUAAUGGACCAAAAAUGCAAUUAUGAAAAUUAAUGCUUCUUUUGAAAAGUUCCAAGGACCAAUUUAGGAAUUUGUGCAAAUUAUGUACUAUUAUUAUUCAUCUUUCCAAUUAGGGAAAGAGAGGGAGAACUUUUUGGAGAGAGAAUAUUAAUAGUGAUAGAGAAGAACCCUUAGCUUAGAGACAAAGAAACCUCAAAUUUUGUAUCAUCCAAAGCUUGGAUUUAGAUUUUGUUCACCAUUUUAGCUUGGAAUGAAGCGUUCCUUUAUGGGUAUUGUUUCUAUUCCUUCUUUUAUGAGCAACUAAAUCCUUAUCUAGGGGUGUAUGUGCUAGAUGGAUGUAAAACCCCGAAUGGGUUUUGAUUAACUGCUCUAAAAUUGAUUGUAUGACAUUGA